GUCGCCCCGCUCUCCACCUCAACGACCAAGCAGCGAGUGUGAUCGCAUCGCACAGCCUCUGUCAGAGCCAGGCCGUCUAUCCAAGCUGGACUGUUUACAUUGCAGCCUCGUUGAUCGAGUCGUGCUUCCCACAGCGAACGAACGAACCAACACCGUGCCUGCCAAGCAACCCAUAACGUCCACAUGCGGCCAUCCAAGUAUGCCGAGCGAGCCAUCCACCCAUGCGAGACGGCAGCCAACGACCUGAACAUCCUCGGCGACCUCCCGGCGGCAGUCCUGGACAAGGCCCGGGAAUUCUACUCGCUGGCCGCGGCUAAGCGCCUGCCAAGCCAACUCCAGCCCGCAGCUGCGACUUCAAUCCCGAUCAUCUGUCUGCAGCUGGCAUGCGAGAGCCUGCGAUUUCCGUUCUCACAGACCGCAGCGAUUCAACGAUCGACCAUCCGCUCGCAACUCUACGCAGACACAAUCAAGGUUGCUCGAUCUCUGCUUGCUCCAAGAGACACUUUGACGGCAAACGGCUCCGUCCCCGGCUCCGUCCCCGGCUCCGCCAGCACAGGCGCCACCGUUCAUGUUGUCAAGGAGCUCCUCGAGCGCCUGGCCAUCCAAUACGACUCAGCGUUCAUCCUCGACGAGGUCUAUGCCGUCCACAAGCGCUUCAUGGACGCAUAUCUGCCCUCCAUUCCUCUCAACCGGCGCCAAUACAUCAAACAGAACGAGGGCGCUGACUAUUACAUCUCGAUCUUCUAUUGGAUCUGCAAGCUUCUCGGCAAACCGCCGUCAAAGUUUGCCCAAGCGGCCGAGAUGCAGACCAAGACCAUCAACACCAUAUGCAAGCUCCUGGACGAAUUCUGCAGCGAGGACACCAAGCGCUUCCAGACCAUGAAAAAGACAGGCGUGGCAAAGUCGACUCCGCGCAAGAGGCGUCGGGCGGACCCAUCCGAAGCUCCUGUGCCGGACGAGGCUGAGGAGGCUGAGGAGGCUGAGGAGGCUGAGGAGGCUGAGGAGGCUGAGGAGGCAUCUGAAGAGUCCUCCGAGAACCGCGUACGAGCCACCCGAGCCUCGGCUCGUAACAAACGCAAGCUCGUGGAGCAAGAAUCGGGACAAGGCACAGAGCCAGCCAGGAGCCAACUGGAUCGUGCAACAGCAGUGAAGGGCACCCUGUCGUCCGAUCGACAAAACGCUGCAUCGAACAAACCGAAUGGGGCAAGGCCGUCGGCGUAUGGGCCGAAGCACGGAAUCAACAGCAUGAUUGCCCGAGCCCCGCUGAGGAGCACACAAAAGUACGCCGAGUUCCUCAGAUGGCGAGCGUCCAUACUCGAAACCAUCAUGCAGCGGCAGGCACGAGAAGACUCGAUAGAUUUGAUCUAGACUCCGCAGAUCUAUAUAUCAGGGGAUAGUUAUAUCCUUGUUCCACCCAACCCACCUCCGACCAAUUCCUCGACGCAA